ACAGCCGAUGGAGACCGAUGGAGCCGCCCCGCUCCGGAUAUGGCGCGAUCGGGCCUGAGAUUUCUUGAUGGAAAACCAGACGGCAGCCCAACCCGUCUUCAAUUUUACCUGCUGUCUCGAGAGCCUGAGAACUGACGAGGAGGUAAACAUCAAAACCUGAAUAUUUUUAGCGAACAAAGAGGCCGAUAUCAUGGUUUCCAAAAUGGCUCUCGAGAAGAAGGCGGCCGGCGCCAGCCCGAACCAGCUCACUGCUGCCUUUGGCCGGCAGCUGUCGCUGGCGUCCCGGUCGAUCCACGCCGAUGACUAUACCAACACUCAUCCGGCAGUCGCGCCGCCAUUGCACGUCUCGACCACUUUCCGGUAUUCAGAUAAUCCUGAUGAACUGCUGCCGUGGUCAGAGAUGGAUCCCAGCACGCUCGAUGAAAGUUACAUCUACUCGCGGGAGAAGUCGCCAAACUCGACUCGCUAUGAAGCGAUCCUCAGCUCGCUUCUGGGAGGGCCGGCUGUGUCGUAUGCCUCCGGGCUUGCUGCGUUCCAUGCCAUGAUUGUGUUCCUCAACCCGAAACGCGUUGCCAUCGGCGGCGGGUAUCACGGCUGCCACGGAAUUCUGAAGCUCAUGAAGAAGCUCAACGGGCUGGAGCAGCUCGAGCUCGAGGACGAGAACGACCUAGUCAAGCUGCAGAAGGGGGAUGUCAUCCACGUCGAGACACCCCUGAACCCCACAGGCGAGGCGCGGGACCUGGCCUACUACCGCAAGAAGGCGGACGAGCUCGGCUGCUAUCUGACGGUCGACGCGACGUUUGCCCCGCCGCCGCUGCAAGAUCCGUUCAAGUACGGUGUCGACAUUGUCAUGCACAGUGCGACCAAGUACUUCGGUGGUCAUUCGGAUAUGCUGAGCGGCGUGCUGGCGAUCCACCCUGAGCGGGCACAUGGCAAAGACGGUCAGCCGGGAUGGUUGUCAGAGCUGAGAGAGGAACGGCUCCACCUGGGCGGCGUUAUGGGCAACUUUGAGGGCUGGCUGGGUGUGCGCAGUCUGCGCACGCUGGAGUUGCGGGUGAAGCGGCAGAGCGAAAGCACGCAGCACCUGGUGGACUGGCUCGCCUCGCAGAAGAAGGCGGGAGGAAACGUGGUUUCAGACCUGGUGUACAAGAUCCAGCACUCGUCCCAGCAGCCCGAAGCGUCACAGCCGGAUUCUUGGUUGAGCAAGCAGAUGCCGAACGGCCACGGACCCGUCUUCUCGCUGUGGCUCAAGUCGGAAGAGCAUGCAAAGCGGUUGCCGAGCAAGCUGUUCCUCUUCCACCACGCCACCAGUCUCGGUGGCGUCGAGAGUUUGGUCGAGUGGCGGGCCAUGAGCGACUCGACUGUCGACAGGAGGCUGGUGCGGGUCAGCAUUGGCGUCGAGGGCUGGGAGGACCUGCGGGACGACCUCCUUCAGGGGCUGCAGGCGCUGAGCGAGGAGCUGAGAAACUGACGCCUGUACGAGGUGCACCGACGGUGCAUCAUAGAUGUGAACGAAAUGGCGCGACGUUGUGUGAGAAGCGGCCGAUCUAGCGUUGAAUACCCAGCACGAGUUGGAUCGAUCCAGGUUACCAGCUGCCAUUGGGAGGACUUGUGAUGCUCGAUUGCAGUGAUGCCCAAGGAGUUUGUCGAUACCUGCUUCUUUGGCCAGGCAGCUGCCGCACCACUGCGGAAGAUUCUAAGUGUUGCAUCUCCACUGGUCUGCAUGCUCUCGAGCAACCAGCAUGCAGGGAGGAAGAAGCGAUCGGGACUGCAACUCGAAGGAAACUGCAGUGUGAAGAGGAGUUGAGCAAACGACGACCUGGCGCCUCUGCUUUCUCUUGACCACUGAUUGAGUUUGCCCAUGUCCCUGCCUGGCAGCGGCAACGUCGCCGAUAUCUGUAUUUAACUAUCACUUCCAAACCCAUUAGUAGUCGUGUGCGCCAUAUCGAGUUAUCGAGUUUCCCCGAGGA